UCAUAGCUAGGGGGCGUGGCCCGUCCUUCUGCUUCUUUACUAGAGCGGCUAGGCAUGGCGUCCUGGGCGAGCGGGGUCCGGGCGGUGUUGCUGGAUGUUAGCGGAGUCCUGUACGACAGCGGCGGCCCGGCGGGCGGCACCGCCAUUCCUGGCUCGGUAGAGGCCGUCAACAGGAUCCGUAAAUCUGGUGUAAAGCUGCGAUUCUGCACGAAUGAGUCUCAGGCCACGAGGGCUCAGUUUGUCCAUAAACUGCAGAAGUUUGGAUUUAGCAUCUCUGAAGAUGAAGUUACUGCUCCAGGACCUGCGGCAAGAAAACUAAUGCUGGAACAGGGGCUGCGCCCUCACCUCCUGGUCCAUGACGAUCUCCUCCCUGAAUUUGACUCCAUUGAUAAAUCCCAACCCAACUGUGUUGUGAUCGGAGAUGCUGCUGAAAACUUUUCUUAUCAAAAUGUCAACCGAGCAUUUCAAGUGUUACUUGGCCUGGAAAAACCAGUUCUGAUAUCUCUAGGGAAAGGACGUUAUUAUAAGGAAACACAUGGCUUGAUGUUAGAUGUGGGGGCCUACAUGAAAGCUCUGGAGUACGCCUGCGAUAUCACAGCCGAGGUUGUGGGAAAACCUGCCAAGAACUUCUUCAUGUCUGCACUGAAAGAGCUGGGUGUGCAACCACACGAGGUAGUAUAUGAGGCUGUAAUGGUUGGAGACGACGUUGUCAGUGAUAUUGGAGGAGCGCAAAGCUGUGGGAUCCGCGGUGUACUCGUCCGGACAGGAAAAUACAGGCCUAGUGAUGAACACCACCCUCAGGUGACUGCUGAUGGAUACGUGGAUAAUCUAGCCCAAGCAGUGGACAUCCUUCUGGCUUCUAGGACAUCUGACCACUGAUCUCACUCUACCCUUCAUGUCCCCUCUAUCACAUGUACUAAAAGAAAAAAGAAGAUGAACCCUCUAUUUUUUUUUAUUUAAAUUUUUUUUUUGCUACCCAGGGUGCCUCCAGUGACUGCAAAACUACAGCUCCCGGCAUGCCGGGAGUUGUAGUUUUGCAACAGCUGGAGGCUUCUGUUUGAGAGACACUGCUGUAAAACCAUUAAAGGGGUACUCCGCCCCUGGCAUCUUAUCCCCUAUCCAAAGGAUAGGGGAUAAGAUGUCAGAUUGCCGCAGUCCCGCUGCUGGGGACCCCGGGGAUCGCCGCUGCGGCACCGCGCUAUCAUUACUGCACAGAGCGAGUUUGCUCUGUGCGUAAUGACGGGCGAUACAGGGGACGAAGCAGCGUGACGUCAUGGCUCCGCCCCUCAUGACAUCUUGGCCCGUCCCCUUAAUGCAAGUCUAUGGCAGGGGGCAUGACGACCACCACGCCCCCUCCCAUAGACUUGUAUUUGCGGGGUCGGGCCGUGACGUAACAAUGCUCCGGCCCCUGUAUCGCCCGUCAUUACGUGCAGAGCGAUCUCGCUCUGCGCAGUAAUGAUAGCGGGGUGCUGCAGCAGCGAUCACCGGGGUCCCCAGC